AUGAGUACGUACUCUGUUGCAUCAUAUAAGAUGGCUUACACUAUCGGCGUGGGAACUUUCGGAAGAGUAAAACUGGCAACCCAUGAGGUUACGGGCCAGAAGGUGGCGAUUAAGAUCAUCAACAGAGCAAAAAUGCAAUCUCUGGACAUGAGUGGCAAAUUACUACGGGAGAUUUCUAUCCUACAGAAACUCGGUUCGCACCCUCAUAUAAUACGUCUCUAUGAACUAAUAGAUACACCCACGGAUAUUUUUGUUGUUAUGGAGUUUGUUCCUGGUGGAGAAUUAUUCGACUACAUCGUUCAGAGGGCAAGGCUAGGGGAGGUUGAAGCUCGGAAAUUUUUCCAUCAGAUCAUUUCUGGUGUUGAGUAUUGCCAUGAACAGAUGGUUUGUCAUAGAGAUCUGAAACCGGAGAAUGUUCUGCUGGUUAAUGACAGUGUUGUGAAAAUAGGUGAUUUCGGACUAUCCAAUAUUAUGGCAGAUGGGGAUUUCUUGAAAACUUCAUGUGGGUCUCCUAACUAUGCUGCCCCCGAAGUGGUAUCUGGCAAAGCGUAUAUGGGCCCGGAGGUAGACGUAUGGUCCUGUGGGGUGAUUCUGUAUGCACUGGUAUGUGGUACGUUGCCGUUUGAUGACGAGCACGUGCCGAAUUUGUUUAAGAAGAUUAAGACUGGGAAUUUUGCGCUGCCGGGGCAUUUGUCUCCGUUGGUCAGGGGCUUAAUUGUGCGGUUAUUGUUGGUGGAUCCGGCCGAGCGGAUCACGCUCCGGGAGGUUAAGCGUCAUCCAUGGAUGACCGGUUCAAUCGAUCGUGGGACUGGUGAUUCGUUGCAUCAACUGGCUACACUGCCAACCGCGACGACGGCGCAAAUUGACUAUAGUAUCGUCAAGAAGUUGAAGGAGCUGGGGUAUGAAACGGAUGUUACAGAGAUUGCGAAACAUCAAAAGCUGAAUACCGCAGUUCAGCUACCCAAAGCGGUCGUCGCCUACCGAUUGCUUUCUGACCGACAGAAGACUCUGGUAAAAAAAGAGAGCCGAAAAACUAUCCCCCCCCAUACAUCAGGAGAAAAUCGAGAUGGUAAUCGAGAUGGUAAUCGGGGAGAUGGUAAUCGAGGGGGAGAUAAUAGUCGAGGAGGAGAUAAUAAUCGAGGAGGAGACGACAAGAGGAAGGAUCAGAAAGUCAUCGACUCCGCGAUUGACUCAGCCGGCGAGUCUAUUUUCUCUUUUUGCAAGGAGUUGCGGUACCAAGUUUCCACCGCAGCGGCCUUCCAUUAUGAUAUCUUCCCAGGCGGCCAUCAACUAUUGGGAGAGCCAAUUCACGACCCAAUCGCGGCUCAAUGGAAGCUGGGAUUUGAAACUACGCUGGAGUCUAUAACACUAAUGACGGCCGUGUAUCAUCUGCUGAAGUCGUUGGAUCAUGAAUGGACAAGUAUCCACCCGUUCAAAAUUAUAACGAGACCGAGGAAAAGGAAAAAGGAAGAAAACGCCCUAUUACUUAUCAUCCAAGUUUUCAAGACCAAUCAUAACACCAAUCAGCUCUGUUUGCAAAAUUAUAGGGGACCAGCGCAGUGUGGAGCAGAACAUGGUCUAUAUAUGCUUUACGGCUUGUAUAAAAUGGCUCAUCAAGUUGCCGCCAGAAUUCACCAGCCAAAGGAGGAAGGGUAG